GAUCAAGCUCAUCGUCACUCGACGACGCAGGCACACGGCGAUCAUGGUCACAGCGAUGGCCAGCGGCACUACUCGUGCCAGCGCCGGUUCCCUCCUCGUGCUCCUCUUCGUGGCGCUAGCCGGCGCCGCUGACCUCGCGUCCGGCGCCGCCGGCGGGGCGAGCGCCACCGCCACCAGCGACGACGGCAGCAGCAACAAGAACGACGCGGCGGCGCUUCUGACGCCGAGGCCGCCGUCCCCGGGGGAGCUGAACGGCUUCAUGCAGUGCCUUAUGGGGUGCUUCACGCAGGUGUUCGGCUGCUCGUUCGGGUGCAUGGGCAAGGGCCCAGACCUGCCGCUCUGUAUCAUCAGCUGCGACCAGAAGAGCGUCGUCUGCAUGAUCCGCUGCGGCCUCUCGCCGACGCCGUCGCCGUCGCCGCCCAAGCCCUCGCCGCCAGGGCCCAAGCCGCCGUCGCCCAAGCCACCCAAGCCGCCCACGCCCAAGCCACCGACGCCCACGCCCACGCCCACGCCCACGCCCCCCGGCCCGCCCUACACCCCGCCGUACGCCGUCACCGGACGCAAAACCGCGGCAUCUGCCUAG